UUCACUGGGGGGUUUGUUAGCAAGCUGUCUUCUCUCUCCUGUGCAACUAAAUGAUCUUUGUAUUGAUUACGAUAUAUUUGCAACGCAACGGAAUAAGGUCCCAACCAACUGAGAGGAGGCGGAGCUUCCUUUGAGUUUUGGGAUGGCGUCAGCUGUGAUUUCCCAAAGCAAUGGUUCCAAGGGGAUCAUGACUUUUUACCCCACUCCUGAGGAAUUCAAGAACUUCAGCCGCUACAUUGCAUAUGUGGAGUCCCAAGGAGCCCACAAAGCAGGCCUGGCUAAAAUUGUCCCACCAAAGGAUUGGAAGCCCAGAAAAUCUUAUGACGAUAUAGACGAUUUGGUGAUCCCAGCACCCAUUCAGCAGGUGGUGACGGGCCAGUCGGGCCUUUUCACCCAAUACAACAUUCAGAAGAAGUCCAUGACCGUGAGAGAGUUUCGCAAGAUGGCCAACAGUGACAAGUUCUGUAGUCCACAUUAUGAUGACUUUGAGGAGCUUGAAAGGAAGUACUGGAAGAACGUGACAUUUAACCCUCCCAUAUACGGGGCCGAUGUCAAUGGAUCUCUAUAUGGCCCUGAUGUCAAAGAAUGGAACAUUUGCCAUCUUGACACUAUUUUGGAUACUGUGGAAUGUGAAAGCGGCGUCACUAUUGAGGGUGUUAAUACACCCUACCUGUAUUUUGGCAUGUGGAAGACCACCUUUGCAUGGCACACUGAGGACAUGGACCUCUAUAGUAUCAACUACUUGCACUAUGGAAAGCCCAAAUCAUGGUACUGUGUUCCUCCAGAGCAUGGGAAACGAUUGGAGCGCUUGGCUCAAGGGUUCUUUCCUGGUAGCUUUCAAAAUUGUGAGGCUUUUUUAAGGCACAAGAUGACUCUCAUCUCUCCCUCGAUACUAAAGAAGUAUGGCAUUCCGUUUGAAAAGAUUACUCAGGAGGCUGGUGAGUUCAUGGUAACGUUCCCUUACGCCUAUCAUGCUGGUUUCAACCACGGUUUCAACUGUGCAGAAUCCACCAACUUCGCCACAGAGAGAUGGAUCGAGUACGGCAAGCAAGCUGUUUUGUGCUCAUGCCGAAGAGACAUGGUGAAGAUUUCUAUGGAUGUGUUUGUGAAGAAAUUCCAGCCAGAUCGCUAUGAGCAGUGGCUGGCAGGGCGAGAUGUGUUACCCAUUGACCACACACGGCCCACCCCAGAGGCGAAGGAGUUCCUGGGCGAGUCCUUUAAUGACAUCAGGACCAGUAACUCCAUGGAGGGCGGUGGGGAUGACGGGGAGCGAAAGAGCACGACACAGAGGAUAGAGACGAAGAGACACAGAGUCUGUCUGGAAGUGCCCGAGGAAGUGGUUCCCAAGGAUGAAGAUGAGGAAGAUGUGGAGCAGUAUGGGAAGCGUCCCAGGCUCAGCCUUAUACCUCCACGUACCAUGUCACAAGAUGGCAAGAGAAAUAAAGGCCCACCAAAGUUGGUUGUCACACCAACCAAGCUCACUUUAUUGGAGCCUUUCCACAGGAGCCUAACUCAAAGUAACAGUGAUGUAGGCCGCCCCCCACAUUAUACCAAGACUCGUGCACCUGCGAUCAUCUCUCAGUCCCAGCACAGAAACGGAUAUUUAUCAGUUUCAGCAGCACCUUCAUGGACAGACGCCACCACUAAGCCGUCCCGCAAAAUGGGGGUAGCCAGCCUGCUCUUCCACAGAACUCUGAGUCCAAAAGACACUCUUCAGGUGCAGAGCUACUCUAUAGAAAAGAAGCAGCAGCAGCCUCACACACAGCUGCUGGUGCACAGCUAUGCUAGAGAGCAUCAACCCCGGAAUCUCCACCACAAAGCCUGUACAUUAACCCACACACGGGUUCAGCCCUCGCCACAGUCAGAAUCUAAGAUUAUUGGUACCGACGCAUCACUGAAUCAGUCGGAAGCAGAGUGUCUUGUCGAGGAGGGCCAAAAGGAGGACACACCGGAAAUAUCGAUGCCUGCUGAAGUGAAGAAGCCUGAAGUGAAGAAGCCUGAAGUGAAGAAGCCUGAAGUGAAGAAGCCGGAAGUGAGGAAGCCGGAAGUGAAGAGGCCGGAAGUGAAGAAGCCUGAAGUAGAGCUCACCUGCAAUUCUACACGGAAAACACAUCCACAGAUCCAUCUCCCAGAGAUGAGCAAACCGGUGAUCUACGCCCCCAAGAACAACAAGCGAAAGAGUAACCUUGUGGAUAGUGGCAUGAUCAGCCCGAAUCACACCGGUCCUGUCCAGAAACCAAUCUGUGACAAGGUGAAGGUGAUCACUCAGAAACAACAUCAGGUGUCAGUAGAGCAGUCCUACUGCAAGUCUGUCGUGAAGAAGCAACAGCUGCAGGCCCAGCUCUGCAAGCUGCCCCGUCAUCACCCUCUCAUCAGGGAGGUGCACAGUGACAACGAAGAGUACAUAGAGGAGGAGUUUGAGCAAGAGGAGAAAGAGGAGUGGGCGAAGCCGUUAACUCAGUUGUGGCAGUGUCGCCCAUAUAACCCUCGGGCCGAGAGGGAGUACAACAAGAGCAUGGGCCAGCAGGCCCCCUACUGCUCCAUCUGCCUCGUCUUCUACACUUACCAUGAGUCUGACUCCGACAGUGGGAGUUCCAGCGUGACGUUGGUGAACCGUCCAGGAGGCCACCAGCGGUCCAAGCCGCUCAUCCCUGAAAUGUGUUUCAACACCCAAUCUAGCAAGACCAAUGAAAACGGGGAGGGUCAGCUGUCUAACCCCCAUGUCGCCGAAGAUGGGACCAGCCGGCUGGUCAGCUGUGCUCAGUGUUGUGUCCGCGUACAUACAAGUUGCUACGGUGUGAAUGGGGAUGAAGCAGAAGUAGACGACUGGCUGUGCGCCCGCUGUGAGGCGAAUGCCACGACGGAGGACUGCUGUCUGUGCUCCCUGAGAGGCGGAGCUCUGCAGAGAGCCAACGAUGACAAGUGGGUUCAUGUGCUGUGUGCCAUCACUGUGCUGGAAGCUCGCUUUGUCAACAUCACUGAGCGAGGCCCCAUCGACCUCUCGACUAUCCCACUGCCUCGGUUCAAGCUGAAGUGUGCAUUCUGCAGGAAACGGAUGAAGAGGGAGGUGAAUGGCUGCUGUGUCCAGUGUUCCCACGGCCGCUGCUCCACGGCGUUCCACCCCACCUGCGCUCAGGCAGCUGGAAUGAUCAUGCACCCAGAUGACUGGCCGUUUACCGUCUUCAUCACCUGCCACAGGCACAAAGCGCCCAGCAUGCCAGAGCGUAACAAGGCGUCCAUGCGUGAGCUGUCCGUGAAGCAGAGAGUGAUCUGUAAAUACAGAAACACCCGUUACUACCACAGUGAGGUGGUGGAGCUGACCGCAGCCACCUUCUACGAGGUGGUGUUCGACGACGGCUCCUACAGCAACAACCUCUUCCCCGAGGACAUCGAGAACCGUGACUGCGGCCGGCUCGGACCGCCGGCUGAAGGUGAUGCUGUUCAGGUGCGAUGGACCGAUGGGCUGAUAUACGGAGCCAAGUUCAUGGCGUCGCACUCCAUCCCCAUGUACCUGGUGGAGUUUGAGGACGGGUCACAAAUCACUGUCAAGCGAGAAGACAUCUACACUCUGGACGAGAAUCUUCCCAAACGAGUCAAGUCCCGAAUGUCGGUGGCGUCAGACAUGCGCUUUGAGCUCUUCUCCCAGAGCGACGUGAAGAAGAACUCCAAAAGGCAACGGGUCAUCAACUCUCGGUACAGAGAGGACUUCAUCGAGCCUGUCAUCUACCGAGCCAUCAUGGAGUGACUUCCUUCCUCUCUCCGGCGCUCCACCUCAUCAACUCACCGCAAAGAGAUGCAGCUCCAGAUCUUUGUUUCUUCGUCUGGCCUCUUUGUUUCUUGCUACUGCUCGUAGGAACCCCUCCUCAUCGUCCUCCUCCUCUUCCUCCACUGCCUGUCAGGCUACUUAUUUAUAAACUACGGCUGGGACUUUUAUUUACUUUAGUUUGCGUUCAAUAAUAUUAUUUGACUUGUGUUUCCCAUCACACUCUGUAGAUUGUUUUCUUCAUCCAUUUCAUUAUUUUCUUUUUUUUCUCAGGUAGAAACUAUUUUGGAUGAUGAUUUAUGUGAAACAUUUGACUAUAAUGUGGGAAAGAUAUUUAUUUCUCUAGCACCAAAUUUACCAACUAAAGGAAACUACACAUUAUACAAUGGACAGUUAAUUUCACUUUGUGACAUUUCUUCUAUAAAUCCCCGUUUGCUCUUGGUUUACUGACUCAUGUUAGUUUUAUAAAACAGUUUAUCAUAUGCUUGGCAAUACGGUUUUAAAGAAAGUAUCAUUUUUCCUUCUACAUUUUUUCCCUUCAUGAAAUUGAACAAAGGCAGGACUGUAAACUGUGAGCAAAUCAGCUGUUUAUUACAAAAUAAAGUUGAUUCAUGUAGAACUCUGUUCACUUGUUACCCCAAAGAAAUUAAAUAGUAUCUCAAGGUCACCGUUUGACACAUCUUCAGGUUGUACUUAUGGAUCAUAAUACAAUGUAUAAAGUGAUCUGUAUUGCUUCUCAUUGGUGUGUCAACGUGCACCUACUGUGAAGACAGAAGAAAACAUCUUUCCCAGGCCCAUGCCUUACAUUUCAAAGGGCCUAACAUACUUUGAUUUUUGUAAAGCUUAAGGUUUAUUAUAGCUAUUGUAAUUAAUCAUUGUCACACUUUAUUUAUGUGAGUGCAUUGAGUUUAAGAAAAAAAAGCUAUUUUUGUCAUGUCCUUUUCACAAUCUGGAGAAAACCUAAGAUGUAUUUAUAUUUAUUAUAUUGAUAGGUUUCCAGACAUCCUGUUUAAAUUUUGACUCUCGUUCCCUGUUCUGGGAUUAAAGAGUGAAUGCUAAUCUGUUUCAAAUCCCGCUCCAAACAAAAUGCACUUAUUUUUACCUCCUGCCUCAGGAGAUUUGGCAUUUUGUCGACACAUGGCCUCCACUAUGUUUUUCAUGAACGUGGCUCUAGAGUUGAAAGUUGUAACCUGGUUCCAGUUUGACCACAAAUAAAUGAGAAGUUUUCUCUGA